ACAACGACCUCACAGCUUGGACAAGGCAAACAUUAUGCCAGGAGAAAAAAAUAUUCCACCCCCAAGAAAACAAUAUCAAAAAACAGAACUAGAGAAUAAUUGGAGGAAAGAUUGCCAGCCUGGGGCAGAUGUGUAUAUAUAAGUAUGAGGCACAUCGUGACCAGACUAACUCUACCUUUCCGGCUUCAGGUGUUCUCUAGACCAGAAGUAGCUGGGAAGAGCAGAAAGGAUGGGACAGCCAUCUCUGACUUGGGUGCUGUUGUUGGUGGUGGCCUCUUGGUUAAUCACAACUGCAGCCACUGACUCCUCAGAAGCAAGAUGGUGCUCUGAAUGUCACAGCAAUGCCACCUGCAAGGAGGAUGAGGCCGCCACGACAUGCACCUGUAAGGAGGGCUUCGCCGGCGACGGUCUAACCUGCGUGGACGUGGAUGAGUGCGCCAUUCCUGGGGCUCACAACUGCUCCGCCAACAGCCGCUGCGUAAACACGCCAGGCUCCUUCUCCUGCGUCUGCCACGAAGGCUUCCGCCUGUCGCCCGGGCUCGGCUGCACAGACGUGGAUGAGUGCGCAGAGCCUGGGCUUAGCCACUGCCACGCCCUGGCCACGUGUGUCAAUGUGGUGGGCAACUACUCGUGCGUAUGCCCCGCGGGCUACUGGGGGGAUGGAUGGCACUGUGAGUGUUCUCCGGGCUCCUGCGGGCCGGGGCUGGACUGCGUGCCCGAGGGCGACACGCUCGUGUGCGCGGAUCCGUGCCAGGCGCACCGCAUCCUGGACGAGUACUGGCGCAGCACCGAGUACGGGGAGGGCUACUACUGCGACACGGACCUGCGCGGCUGGUACCGCUUCGUGGGCCAGGGCGGUGUGCGCCUGGCCGAGACCUGCGUGCCAGUCCUGCGCUGCAACACGGCCGCCCCCAUGUGGCUCAACGGCUCGCAUCCGUCCAGCGACCAGGGCAUUGUAAGCCGCAAGGCCUGCGCGCACUGGAGCGGCCACUGCUGCCUGUGGGAUGCGUCCAUCCAGGUGAAGGCCUGUGCCGGCGGCUACUACGUCUACAACCUGACGGCGCCCCCCGAGUGUCACCUGGCGUACUGCACAGACCCCAGCUCCGUGGAGGGGACGUGUGAGGAGUGCAGUUUAGACGAAGACUGCAAAUCGAAUAAUGGCAGAUGGCACUGCCAGUGCAAACAGGACUUCAACAUCACUGAUAUCUCCCUCCUGGAGCACAGGCUGGAAUGUGGGGCCAAUGACAUGAAGGUGUCCCUGGGCAAGUGCCAGCUGAAGAGUCUGGGCUUCGAGAAGGUCUUCAUGUACCUGAGUGACAGCCAGUGCUCGGGCUUCAAUGACAGAGACAACCGGGACUGGGUGUCUGUAGUGACCCCAACCCGGGAUGGCCCCUGUGGAACAGUGUUGACGUGGUCCUGGAAGGCAAGGUCUGUAUCCUUAAUGUACAGAGAACCAGGACCUCACCUACAGAGGCCUCCUCAAAUGAAACCCAGAGCCUGGUCCUCUCACCAACCCUUCUCCCCCGGCAGUGUCCUAAACAUCAGAGUGGGCGGGACCGGCAUGUUCACGGUGCGGAUGGCCCUCUUCCAGAGCCCUUCCUACACGCAGCCCUAUGAAGGCUCCUCCGUGACGCUGUCCACUGACGCUUUUCUCUAUGUGGGCACCAUGUUGGAUGGGGGUGACCUGUCCCGAUUUGCACUGCUCAUGACCAACUGCUAUGCCACGCCCAGUGGCAAUGCCACGGACCCCCUGAAAUACUUCAUCAUCCAGGACAGAUGCCCACAGACUAAAGACUCAACUGUCCAAGUGGUGGAGAACGGGGAGUCCUCCCAAGGCCGAUUUUCCGUCCAGAUGUUCCGGUUUGCUGGAAACUAUGACCUAGUCUAUCUGCACUGUGAAGUCUAUCUCUGUGACAUCAUGAAUGAAAAGUGCAAGCCUACCUGCUCUGGGACCAGAUUCCGAAGUGAGAGUGUCAUAGAUCAAUCCCGUGUCCUGAACUUGGGUCCCAUCACACGGAAAGGUAAGAGAACCACUCCCUCCUCAACUGUUUUCUUUUCAGGACUCCUGAAAGUCUGGCUGCCUCUGCUUCUCUCGGCCACCUUGACCCUGACUUUUCAGUGACUGACAGCAGAAAGCCCUGUGCUCCGUGGCUGCCGUCUCCCUUCCUGCCGGGCAGGGGGCACGAUGUAGGCCAGUGCUCCAGCCACAGAAAAGAAAGUUCAUGCUUUGGUCAGCCUGCCUUCUUUUCUCCCCUUUCAUCCUGGCUGUCGAGAAACAGCCUGUGUCUUUAAACGCUGCUUGUUCUCAAAAUGGGACUUGUGACGGUGUACCUGAGUCCCCCAUCUCCUGGCAAAAUAAUGAGUUUUAAAUCUCA